AUGGAGGUGUUCUCCCCCGACGAGGACGAGGACGUUCCCGUCACCGCGGCGACCGCAUCCGCCACGCCCUCCGCCACCGCCGUAACGUCAGGCCCCGCCCCCAGCCCCAAAGCUCGCCGCUCGUCCGCCUCGAUGCUUCACCGCCUCCUCACGCUCCCGUCUCAGCUGCUCGAGGACGAAGACGCCGACGACAGCGAGAUGGAGAGCAUCGCCAUCUCCAUGGCGACGGAGGCGGCGGCGGCGGCUGCGGGCGCCACGGAAACGGCCCGCGGCCUGGCGUCGCCCGCGGCAACCAGAGACGAGGAAGACGAGGACGACGAGGAGGAGGAGGAAGAGAGACGCAAGAAGAAGCGUCGUCGCGUGUGGACGGAGUGCGAGGACUGUGGCCGCAGGUUCAGUCGUGUUUCUCUCCUCAAAGCUCAUCGUCAGUCGCACCUUUCAGAAUCCUCUCCCCCCCCAACGACUCCCCCCCAACGACUCUCCCCCCGGCGAUUCUCCGGCCGCGUCGCUUCGCUGCGACCAGUGCGGCAAACGCUUCUCCUCCAACACCCGACUCCAGAGCCACGUGCGGACCAGCCACGCCCACAAACACGCCUGACCACGCCCACAACGAGGCCUGACCACGCCCACAACGAGGCCUGACCACGCCCACAAACAUACAAGACCAAUACAACAGACCACGCCCACAACAAGGCUUGACCACGCCCACAAACACACCUGACCACGUCCACAGCAAGGCCUGACCAUGCCUACAAACACAACAGACCAAUACAACAGACCACGCCCACAGAGAGGCCUGGUCACGCCCACAAACACGCCUGAUCAUGCCCACAAACAUACAAGACCAAUACAACAGACCACGCCCACAACAAGGCCUGACCACGCCCACAAACACAACAGACCAAUACAACAGACCACGCCCACAGAGAGGCCUGGUCACGCCCACAAACACACCUGACCACACCCACAAUGAGGCUAGACCACGCCCCCAAAACAACAACUGACCAACACAACAGACCAUGUCCACAACGAGGCCUGACCACACCCCACACACCUGACCACACCCACAACCACACCUGAACAUAACGACAACAACACCUGGCCACGCCGCAAACACAUCUGACCACACCCACAAAGAGGCCUGACCACUCCCACAGCGAGGCCUGACCGACACAACAGACUACGCCCACAACAACACCUGACCACGCCUGCAGCAAGGCCUGAUCACGCCCACAAACACGCCCACAAACACGCCUGACCAAUACAAAAGACCACGCUCACAAAUAUGUCUGACCACGCCCACAACGAGGCCUGACCACGCCCAAAAAACAAGCCAGACUACACUGACAAACACACCUGACCACGCCCACAACACCUGACCAAUACAACAGUCCACGCCCACAAAACAGGCCAGGUCACGCCCACAAACACGCCUGACCACGCCCACACAGAGGCCUGCCCACAGCCUGAAGACAAGAAAUCGUGUUAAAAUGCACCGUAGUAUCCAACCACAGACUCCAAGACAAGAAAACGGGCUAAAAAACUCAGUUGAACUCAACCACAGUCACAACCACAGGCCUCGUCCGGCGAAAAGACGAGAGAACCAGUGAAAAACGGAAAAAAUAAAACAUACAACACAAGAUAACCACGUUCACAAGCAGGUCUCAAGACAAGAAAACGGGCUGAAACACAACGGAACUCAUUGCAGUCACAAUCACAGGCCUGAAGACAAGGAACUAGGUUUAAAAAAUAAAUAAAUAAACUAAAGAAGAACACGGAGACGACAAAGACUGAAAACUGAAGCCGGUGUGGUUUUAUGGACAAACAGAAUCGAACCAGAGACAAGCGAGAAGACAAGAAAAUGGGCAAAGGUCAAAUACAGUACAAGGAGACAAGAAAGUGGGCAAAAUAACUCACAAAAACCUGCUGAGGGAUUUGAGUUUGUGGCAAGGCAAUAAAAUGGGACAAAAAUAAAAGGCCUGAAGGGAAACAGUGGGCGAAAUAUAAAAAAAAAAACAUCAGACCUGGAGACGAGAAAAAGGGCAAAUCUCUAAUGUUAAAGUGGAAACCGUAGAAUAAAACCUGAAGCCUGAAGGGAAAAUACUGGGUUAAAUCAAGCGCAAAUAGAUUCAGACCAAACCCAGGGAAAAAUGGUACAAAAAAUAACCAGUGGAGGUGAAAACAAGCAAAAAACGAAAAAGAAGAGGGAUAAACCGAGAAAUAAAAGUGUGAGGGUUCCUUGGACGGGCCUGAAGACCAAACUCGGGGAAAAAUGCGCAAUUAGCCAAUCAGUUAAAACUCAAGAGAAGAAAAAACAGCUCUUUAAAUCUGCCAAAAAUAAACUACAAACUACGAAUGUUAGUUAAAGCUGCACUCGACUUUUCUGUGUCCGUGGAGAUGUUAUUGCUUUGUGUGGAAUGUUCCGCAGUACAGCUUUAUUACAUUUAUUCGACUGCGGGCGUUUUUAUUGAUCAAAAAUACCUAGAAAAACUUACCGUAUUUUCUGCAGUAUAGGGUGUAUUUUUUUUUUACUUUUCACGUAGAAACGGCCCCGGACUUUAAGGCGCAUUAAAGGAAAACAACAGUUGGAUAAAUCUGUCAAACUUUAUUUAACACGUUCACAAAAACUCUCAACUUUUAAAUUGUAACGUGUAAAAAAAAAUCCUGUGUGAAAAGUGAAAAAUGCGGCAGAAGAAGAAACUCAGUCCGUGUUUCAUUCAUUCAUUCGUUUUUCAAUAUAAAACUAAAAUAAGAAAACGGAAAAAAAACAAAGAUUUUCUUCAGUAUUUGCGCCUCCGGAAUAAACCAGGACUGAGCCAGGACUAAACCAGCUCCAG